GCAGGGCGCGGCGGCGGGCGCGGGCUCGGUCUCCCCCGUCCUCCUCCCCCAGCGGCCGGUACGAGGAUGUCCCGGAGACCCCGGCACAGUAUAUAUAGUAGUGAUGAUGAUGAAGAAGAUGUUGAGGUGUAUGAUCACGAUUAUGAUGGUCUGCUUCCGAAGACUGGAAAACGUCACUUAGGAAAAACCAGGUGGACCCGUGAAGAGGAUGAGAAGUUGAAGAAGCUUGUGGAGCAGAAUGGCACAGAAGACUGGAAAGUCAUUGCCAAUUUCCUUCCUAAUCGGACAGAUGUUCAGUGCCAGCACCGAUGGCAGAAGGUACUAAAUCCAGAACUUAUUAAAGGUCCAUGGACUAAAGAGGAGGAUCAAAGGGUAAUAGAGCUCGUGCAGAAAUACGGUCCAAAGCGCUGGUCUGUCAUUGCUAAGCAUUUGAAGGGAAGGAUUGGAAAACAGUGCAGGGAGAGGUGGCACAACCAUUUGAAUCCAGAAGUGAAGAAAACCUCCUGGACAGAAGAGGAAGAUAGAAUUAUUUACCAGGCACACAAGAGGCUGGGAAACAGAUGGGCAGAGAUUGCAAAGUUGCUGCCUGGACGAACUGAUAAUGCUAUCAAGAACCACUGGAACUCCACCAUGCGCCGAAAGGUCGAGCAGGAGGGCUACCUGCAGGAGUCCUCCAAAGCCUGCCACUCCUCAGCAGCUGCUGGCUUUCAGAAGAACAACCACUUGAUGACCUUUGCUCACAACCCAUCGCCACCUGGCCAGCUGCCGGUGGCCAGCCAGCCUCCGCUGAACAGUGACUACCCCUACUACCACAUCCCCGAGCCACAGAACGUUCCCGGUCAGAUCCCGUAUCCAGUAGCACUGCAUGUAAAUAUUGUCAAUGUACCUCAGCCAGCUGCUGCAGCUAUCCAGAGACACUAUAAUGAUGAAGACCCUGAGAAAGAAAAGCGAAUAAAGGAAUUAGAGUUGCUACUAAUGUCGACUGAGAAUGAACUGAAAGGGCAGCAGGCAUUACCAACACAGAACCACACAUCAAACUACCCCGGCUGGCACAGCACCACAAUUGCUGACAGCACCAGGACCAGUGGUGACAGUGCACCCGUUUCCUGUUUGGGGGAACAUCACCACUGCACUCCAUCUCCACCGGUGGAUCACGGUUGCUUACCUGAGGAAAGUGCAUCCCCUGCACGGUGCAUGAUUGUUCACCAGAGCAACAUCCUGGAUAAUGUUAAGAAUCUCUUAGAAUUUGCUGAAACACUCCAGUUAAUAGACUCCGGCAGUGCAGCUCCGUGGGUCCUUCUUCGCAAAAGGAGAGGGCACUGCAGCCCCUUAGCCAGUGGCCACGGUAGCACCUUGGUCCUAGCUGACGCCAGCAGCUCAACUCCUCCUAAGCGCUCCCCUGUCAAAAGCCUGCCCUUCUCUCCCUCGCAGUUCUUAAACACCUCAUCCAAUCACGAAAACUUGAACCUGGACAACCCUGCCCUUACCUCCACGCCGGUCUGUGGCCAUAAGAUGGCAGUUUCCAGCCCGUUCCACAGGGACCAGGCUUUCAAAGCUCAAAAGGAAAACCAUGUUUUCAGGACUCCAGCAAUCAAGAGGUCGAUAUUAGAAAGCUCUCCAAGAACACCCACUCCAUUCAAAAACGCACUUGCAGCUCAGGAAAUCAAAUACGGUCCUUUGAAGAUGCUGCCUCAAACUCCAACUCAUCUUGUAGAAGAUCUGCAGGAUGUUAUCAAGCAGGAGUCGGAGGAAUCUGCAAUAGUGGCUGGGCUACAUGAAAGUGGACCCCCUUUGCUGAAGAAAAUCAAACAAGAGGUGGAGUCCCCAACAGAUAAAGCUGGAAAUUUUUUUUGCUCAAAUCACUGGGAUGGAGAAAACCUGAACACUCAGCUCUUUACACCUGGGUCUACUAUGGAAGACGUGCCAAAUCUUCUUACCAGUUCCAUUUUAAAGAUGCCUGUGUCUGAAGAUGAUGAUAGUUUUCACAAAACAGUUGCAGUACCUAGAAACAGGCCACUAGCUAGUCCUCUACAGCAUCUGAGCAACACCUGGGAGUCAGCGUCCUGCGGGAAGAUCGAGGAUCAGAUGGCUCUGACGGAUCAGGCACGCAAAUACAUGGCCACCUUCCCCACCCGGACUCUGGUGAUGUGAGAGGGUCGACGCACAGAGAAGCAUUAUGGUCUUGAGAACACUUCACCUCCACUGGGAAAUUCCUGUUCCUCUGCAUGAGAACUUUUCACGAACGGGAGCAGAGCCUAUCUUUGUUGUGGUACAACAGUUGGGAGCAGCACAAAGUGCAUUUAGUCACUCAGCAUAUAUAUUCUUGUUGGAUUUCACCCAACUUAAGAGUUUGUGUUUUUUUAACGAUACUUGCCUAAAUUAUUAGGUAUUGAGUUUGAAUCAGUAAUUAAUGAUCUUAAGUGCAGUCUUAUAAUAAAGAUAAUUUUUCUUGUACUUUUUGAGAUCAAACAGACUUAAUACACCAGUAUUGUUAUUUCAGUGAUGUGCUAGCCAGGGGCGGGGUUUAGUUUGUUAUUUUUUUAUUUUGUGUUUUAA